AUGUCCAUCUCUCUGUCCACGUCCAUCUCUCUGUCCGUGUCCAUCUCUCUGUCCGUGUCCGUCUCUGUCCGUGCCGCGCUCUCCGCUCUCAGCGCGGCCUCUGGCGCCCUCUGCCGGCCGUCCCGCUCCCUGCGCUCCCCGGGAUGUCCGCUCUGUCCGGGACGGCUCCGCCCGGAGAAUCCUCCGGGAUCCCCGGGAUCCCCCGCUCCCACCCCCGGGAUCCCCCGCUCCCACCCCCGGGAUCCCCGGGAUCCCGAUUCCCACCCCCGGUAUCCCCGGCUCCCACCCCCGGGAUCUCGAUUCCCACCCCCGGGAUCCCCGGGAUCCCGAUUCCCACCCUCGGUAUCCCCGGCUCCCACCCCCGGGAUCUCCGAUUCCCACCCCGGGAUCCCGAUUCCCACCCCCGGGGUCCCGAUUCCCACCCCCGGGAUCCCGAUUCCCACCCGCGGGAUCCCGGCCCCGCUCCCACCGCCGCUCAGCCGUGUCCCUCAGCUCCACAUCUCCGCUCCUCUGAAACACCGCCAGGGAUGGUGA